AGAGGAUGCAGCUUGCAAGUUGCUUCCUCACAAAUCUAGAGCUUCCAGAAGGAUAGAGGCGCAAGCCAAGCUGGGUGCUUCACUUUUGUCUAGUAAAACUUUUCUGUUUGUCGGUUGUAAAUUAGUGUUUGUGCGGAGGAUCUCCUUCGAAUAAGACCGCCCAAAUGGCGACGUCAAUUGCCGCCACUCGGGCCGCCUUGUUUGGAAGCAUCGCCUUGCAGACCGCUCCUAGGCAGCAAAGCAACCACAACGGGAGCCUCCCGCUCGCUUGGCCAAGUUUAGGGGAAUCACAUUUUCUGGCAGGCGCAAGGAGAGUACCAGCAGGGAGGCAGUGUAGCCGCCAAUUGCCACGGCAAAAGCAGACGGCAAGAGCAGCCAUUGUGCCAGAGAGGGCUGCGGAGGUGAAGUGGGACGCCAAGAGAAAAGUGCUCGUCGAUGCCAAUGUGCGCUCCGUCGCCCCAAAAGAAGCAAGGCGGUUGGUCAACGAGGAGGGCUACCGGUUUCUGGACGUUCGACCAGACUAUGAUUACAAAGAGGCCCACCCUGAGGACUCCAGCAACGUACAGCUGUACCGAGCGAUCCAAGACUGGACACCCUACAAGAUCAUCCGGCGUGCGGGCUUUGCAUUCUUUGGCAUCUUCAAGGGGACCGAGGAGAACCCGAGCUUCAUCGAAGAUGUGAGGGCGACCUUCCCGGAGAAAGACGCCAAGAUCAUUGUGGCGUGCACGGCAGGGGGGAGCACACGGCCUUCAGCCAACUUUCCAGAGGGAAAGCAAUCACGGUCGCUGAUUGCUGCCUACUACCUAGUCGUGGACGGAUACAAGAACGUCCUACAUCUGGACAACGGCCUUAUGGCGUACUUCUCAGAAGAACUGCCGGCUAAUUUCGGGAGCGACAAUUGAGUGAGAAGAGAUGCCAGCUCUAUUCGGGAGCGGCAAUAAGGGCAACGUCCGAGUUCCGCUUACUGUGCGGUGUUCACAGAGGGAACAGCUGCUGAGUUGAGAUGGCAGGAUGGGGGCUCGCAAAUAAGUGCUCCGGUCAGUUUUGAUAGUCGUUGACGGGCGUAUUUUUAGGUUCUUAGGAUCAGCGUUGUUUUUGAGAGUGGAUUGGACCUUUCUGAUGCAGAGUAGCAGAGUUGACUAUGUUUGGACAACGCUCAAGUAAGGAGUUUCUUUGUGCGGCACACGCACCUGGUCUUUUGAGUUUGUGGGACCACCGAGAAUGGAUGUAUCGCUCUUUGAAACACGUAAACCAGCUUGCGUGUUCGCUGGCUUGAGUCCAUCGGGCGCCUCUUCCUGAAUACCCAUCAUUGAAACACUCGUCGAC